CCUGCAGCCCGACAGAAGGAAAGUGACCGACUUGCAGCAAGGCGUCUGUCCGCGUUGCGUUGUGCUGCACUUUGAUUGGGUCUCGCUAUCCGAACCGUUCAAACACGGAGUCCGCAGGCGGGUUUUCUCUCCUUCACUCAUAAAACUGCAUCAGUUUUUUUUAAUAACACCUAACAUCAAACUCAACGCAGCAUACCUCGGAGGAAGUUUAGGCUUGGCAUCCCAUUCCAGCUGGAGGAAGCUUUGUGUAAGACAAUGGCAGAGGAGCACGAUCAGAACGAUGAAGUCAGUGCAGUGUCUCGGCUGGCCUGUCUGCCCCUCUUCCACACCACCCUGCAGGUGGUGUCUGCGGUGUACAGCGAGGUGAAGGGCUCCAACCCGCUGCUGGGCAUCCUGUGCUCCGUGGCAGAGAUGGGGGUCCGGAGCGUGGGCAAGGCGGCUGCCAGCCGAGCCACGCCCCUGCUGGAGAGACUGGAGCCACAGAUUGCAGCUGUUAACAGCUUUGCGUGUGAAGGCCUGGACCAGUUAGAGAUCAGGUUCCCAAUCCUAAACCAGUCCGCAGAAGAGGUGGCCGUCCACUUGAAAGACGCCCUGUACCUGACGCUGGACGACCUGCGGUGCAGCUUCAACAACAAGCUGGACGGCGCGGUGGAGCGGACCGCAGCCUCGCUGGAGGGGACAAGGGCCGUCCUCACCUCACAGGCCAGCCUCCUGCUGAGCUCCGGCCCGGGUCAGGCGCUUGUCCUGGGCUUCGACAAUGUGCUGACCCGCUCCGAGGAACUGGCCGACUACUACCUGUCCCUCCCCGAGGAAGAGAUGUGGCGUGAGUGGUCCGCAGUGUCGGGGUGGCAGGAUGAAGAGGAGGAGGGGGAGCUGGGGGUCCCCAGGCGAGUGCAGAGUCUGGUGCUGAGAGUCAGUCUGCAGGUGUACCGAGGGGCCCUGCUGCUGUGGGAUCAAGGGGAGAGACUCACAGCACUGCUCCGGGACUACGCUGACACGCUGGGUCUCUCUCAGAUCUCCGCUCUGCUCUCCCAGUUUGCCCAGUAUGCUCUGACGGUUUUCGUGGCCCAGGUGUUCCGGCUGCAGAGUCUCUGGACCCUGGCUGUGUCCCGGCUGGCCGCGGGGGCUCAGAGCCUGGCCUCUCUGCGGCCGUUCACCCUCUCCCUGCCCAGCGGAGCCCAGACUGUGCUGUCCAUGGUGAUGAGAGACCUGAGCGAGAUGGGCAAGAUCCUGCUGCAGCUGCUCAUCAACACCACGCCCCUCUACAACCUGGUGAGCUCAGCGGGGAGCAGGCUGAAGGAGAGCUCAUACCCCGCUGAGCCGGACCCCCUGAGUCAGGACGACCUGUCGGACAGCGCCUCGUCCCGUCGCAGCUCCCUGGACAGCGCCGAGGCCAAGGCCCGCAUCACCCAGCGCGAGAGUCAGCCCUGUCUGGAGGGCCGAUCCCAGCGCGAGCAGGAGACCCACUUCUCCUCCUCCCUGCCCUCCAGCCCGGUGAACGGGCGCCGCGAGAGCUUGAAGCUGGAGCGCCUGGGCGUGCCCGACCAGGACCCCCUCCUCUCCCGCCACCAAUCCAGCGACGAGCUGCUCGCCCCCAGUCUGCAGCUGGUCAACCAGAGCCAGCGGGCUUUCGAGUACCUGAGCCCAGGAUCCCCCCCGGCCAGCCAGCCAGCCAACAACGCCGAGUAAAUUAUACAAGGCAUUACACAUAGAGGUGAUCUGCUGUGCAACGCCCGGUCACAGAUUGCAUUACAGACUGCAGAUGGAACCUGGUCGAUAUUGAGUUUUACGGACUGUGCAGGUGGAAGCAUGGCAUGUGGAUGUGAUUUGAAAGUGAUCCGGUAUUGUAGUGCAAGUCAAAGGAAAGUUAGAGGUGUGAUUUUUUUUUGCAGCUAAAUACUGCUGCCCUAUGAACAAGAUGAUAAGGUUAGGACUUGGCUUCACAGCAGUUAGCAUCACCUUUCCCUUCCACAUAUAUAUAUAUAUAUAUAUAUA